CUUCCCUGCUCCUUUAAGCGUCCACAGGCGGCGGAGCGGCCACAAUCACAGCUCCGGGCAUUGGGGGAGCCCGAGCCGGCUGCGCUGGGGGAAUCCGUGCGGGCGCCUUCGUUCCCGGUCCCUUCCUCGCCGCGCUCCUGCACCCCUGAAGUUUUGCAGCGCCCAGAAGGGAGGCGAGGGAGAAGGGAGCGUGAGAGGAGAGGGAGCAAAAAGCACACCCUAAAACAUUUAUUUCAAGGAGAAAAGAAAAAAGGGGGGCGCAGAAAUGGCUGGGGCAAUUAUAGAAAACAUGAGCACCAAGAAGCUCUGCAUUGUUGGUGGGAUUCUGCUUGUGUUCCAAGUCAUCGCCUUUCUGGUGGGAGGCUUGAUUGCUCCAGGACCCACAACGGCAGUGUCCUACAUGUCAGUGAAAUGUGUGGAUGUCCGUAAAAACCAUCACAAGGCAAAAUGGUUAAUGCCUUGGGGACCCAACCACUGUGAAAAGAUCCGAGACAUCGAGGAAGCAAUUCCAAGGGAAAUCGAGGCCAAUGACAUUGUGUUUUCUGUCCACAUUCCCCUCCCUGCCAUGGAGAUGAGUCCUUGGUUCCAGUUCAUGCUGUUUAUCCUGCAGCUGGACAUUGCAUUCAAGCUGAACAACCAAAUCAGAGAAAAUGCAGAAGUUUCAAUGGACGUUUCCCUGGCUUACCGUGAUGAUAUGUUUGCUGAAUGGACUGAAAUGGCCCACGAGAGAGUGCCCCGGAAACUCAAAUGUACCUUCACCUCCCCCAAGACCGCAGAACACGAGGGCCGUUACUAUGAAUGUGAUGUCCUUCCUUUCAUGGAAAUUGGGUCUGUAGCUCAUAAGUAUUAUCUUCUAAACAUCCGGCUGCCUGUGAAUGAGAAGAAGAAAAUCAACGUUGGGAUUGGUGAGAUAAAGGAUAUCCGGCUGGUGGGAAUUCACCAGAAUGGAGGCUUCACCAAGGUGUGGUUUGCCAUGAAGACCUUCCUCACACCCAGCAUCUUCAUCAUCAUGGUGUGGUACUGGAGGAGGAUCACCAUGAUGUCUCGACCCCCAGUGCUUCUGGAAAAAGUCAUCUUUGCCCUUGGGAUUUCUAUGACCUUUAUCAAUAUCCCAGUGGAAUGGUUUUCCAUUGGGUUUGACUGGACCUGGAUGCUCUUGUUUGGCGAUAUCCGACAGGGCAUCUUCUAUGCAAUGCUUCUCUCCUUCUGGAUCAUCUUCUGUGGCGAGCACAUGAUGGACCAGCAUGAGAGGAAUAACAUAGCAGGGUACUGGAAGCAAGUCGGACCGAUUGCUGUUGGCUCUUUCUGCCUCUUCAUAUUUGACAUGUGUGAGAGAGGGGUGCAACUCACGAAUCCCUUCUACAGUAUCUGGACUACAGAUGUUGGAACAGAGCUGGCUAUGGCCUUCAUCAUUGUGGCUGGCAUCUGCCUCUGCCUCUACUUCCUGUUUCUGUGCUUCAUGGUCUUUCAGGUGUUUCGGAACAUUAGCGGGAAGCAAUCCAGCCUGCCAGCCAUGAGCAAAGUCCGGCGGCUGCACUAUGAGAAUUUUAUUACAACCGCAGAAAACUUGGAUUUGGGGCUAAUUUUCAGAUUCAAGUUCCUCAUGCUUAUCACCUUGGCCUGUGCUGCCAUGACUGUCAUCUUCUUCAUCGUUAGUCAGGUGACUGAAGGCCAUUGGAAGUGGGGCGGCGUCACGGUCCAAGUGAACAGUGCCUUUUUCACAGGCAUCUAUGGCAUGUGGAACCUGUACGUCUUUGCUUUGAUGUUCUUGUAUGCACCAUCCCAUAAGAACUAUGGGGAAGACCAGUCCAACGAUGUCUUGCCAGGCAGAAACAAACUGCAGCAGAGGCUGAUGUUAACCCUUAGCCCAGAGUGGAGGCUUCAUCUCCCAGGGGUACAUUGAUGCCCUGGAUACAGGACACACGAUCCAGCCCUCAGUCACCAGUUCAUGUGAAGAAAGAACGUUGGACCUGCUUAUGAAGUCAGACUUUUCCUGAUACUAGCUUUCAUUUUUGUGUUAUUUUGUCUAUAAAAUUCUUGUGAGGAGGUUUUAGAAAAAAAGCAAGAAAUGGAAUUCCUGACUGGAUGACUAUGACAGAGGGAACCGGAGACGCUUUAAUUGCCAGCAGGUUCCUUUCUAUUUCUAUUCACACUAAGUGUCUUCUGUCUGACACACUCCUUCUGCUGGAAGCCACAGCAGCCAUCCCGGGCCCUGUGUCUUGGAGGCUGCCGUUCAGUAUCAGCUGUGCUUCUGGAGGCUUCUGGGGUCUGCUGCCUGCUUCACGGGAAAGGUGGCUUUGACUUUUGUUGCCUCAGUAAAUGUUUGGUUUGAGUCAUGAGGUUCUGACAGUGGCUGCCUUUUUUUGUGAUCUUUCCCCUGCUUGUGUGUCAGGUGACAGGCAGCCACCCGUGGCCACCCAGGCUUCCCCUGGAUGUCUGUGAGCAGGGAUGGAACAGAUCCUCCCCCCAGGGCUGGACUCAGAUUCUGACGUGGGUCUCAACAGCCUGUGUCUUCACAUGGGCUUCUCUCUGUGCAUGUCUGUGUCCUAAUCUCUUUUUCUCAUAAGGAGAAAUUAUGGGUGUAUUGGAUUAGGGUUCACCCUGGUGACUUCAUUUUGACUUAAUCACCUCUUUAAAGACCCUGUAUCCGAAUACAGUCACAUUCUGAGGUACUGGGAAUUAGGACUUCAGUAAAUGGAUUGGCAGGGAGGUGCAGUUCAAGCCACGAUGCUAAGAUUUCAUGCAAAAUGUCUAGGCUUUUUUGUGUUCCCCGCCUUAGAGCUGCCUGGCACUGAGUGUCUGGAGGUACUUUGGAGGUAGAUGGGGAAACGGCUCACUUCAGGCCUGGUGUAAACCAACUUGAUGGUUGAAAGAGAUUGAGAGAUGGCUGGACCCAGGCUCCCUGAAUCCUGUCCCUCCAAGGCCACUCUGCCUUAUCCCCCAGAAGGAAUCACAAAGGCUGAGUCAUCCCAAAGCACACCUGUUUUCUAGCUGAGUGUUUCCCCCUAAACCCCAGUGGGGAGUACCAGUGCUGGGGUGCAGAGCAGAGCAGCGAGGAGCUGGACCGGCCCAUAUUGGGAAGUCUUGGUGGGUGUUUUUUUAACGAUCACUUACUACAUAGCAAAUACUGUGCUGGUGAUUCACAUUCUUUAAAAAAAAUCUUUUCUUUUUAAAGAUUUAGAAAACCUACCAUCCACUAUUUUGUUAACAACCAAAAUGUAGAAAGGAUAUAAUUUUAGAGUAGACAACAGUCCUUGGCAUGGAAAUAAUUUACCUUUACAAACACUGCCCUCUCCUUGAUUUUCUCAUUUUGCCAUGAACCAGGGACAUCAUUACAGACAGUUAUCAUUUGAGCUUAGCUUUGAAGGUGAAAAUGGGAGGAGGUUUGCUGUGGGAUUAGAAAAUAUUCCACAGAAAAGUCAGGCAUGUUAUAGAAAGAACAUAUAAGUUUUGGAGGUAGACACAGGUAGUUUGGAAUCCUGGCUCCAAUAUAUACUGUGUGUGACCUCAAGAAAUAAGUAUGAACUCAUGGUGUGAGAGCUUUCUGGCUUCCACAUCUGGGUAAUGAGGUGUUAAUUUGCCAUAGUGGUUGUGAGGACAGAAUUAGAUAGGCCCUUAUUAAUAUUAGAACUGACUGUGGAUCUCUCCCAAAUUCUGUGAAACAACCUUGGAAUUAAAUUAGAAGUUUCCCUUCUGUUGAGGAAAGAAGCCACAGAUACACAAAUGAUUGUCAUUAAAAUGCUGCCAGUCUUAGGAAGCUGUGCUCGUCAUUUCAUCAUUAGGGCGCAGUUCAUGUAGCUUUCCGCAUCCCCAGUGUGCAUUCCAGGCAGUUAGAAUCAAGCAGCAGCCACAUAUCUGUGGAUGUGAUACCAUAGAUAUGGAUCCAUUGAUAGUCCUUUGAGAUUAAAUCCAAGGCCAGGGAUGGGUCUUAUUUCACAGUGGUUCGAAACCAGCCUUCAUCUUGUUGUUGAUUAGCUGAGAUGAAUUGACAUCAUAACUAGGCAAAGAGACUUACUGCAAACUGAAGAAUUCAUUUCCUUUCAUAAUUUAUUCUUUUCCAUUUAUUCUGCCCCACUCCCCUAAUGAGAAACAUAUCACAUUUUCAGAAGGUGUUUUUGUGUUUUUUGGGG